GUUGUGAAGCGCGUCUUUCGAAGCGCUCUUCAAUAGGCUUGCACAGUUGUUACAAGAAUAAAGUUCUAAAUUUAAGAUACAAAAAGGAAGUCAAUAUGACGUCCAACGCAGUGCACAAGAUAUUUCACCAAAGGAGAGCCUCUUUGGCAAAUGAACAACGAAACUACAUUCAGAAUACCUAUCGUAACAUGAGUCACAGAAGGAAAACAUUAGGAACAGCAUUAGAAGCGUCUGGAAUAAAAGACAAUAUUGUUGAAGAGGAGGAGGAGGAGGAACAAACUGCAUUGAUGAUGAAAAGGUCUCAGACUCAAGAAUCAGCCCAUCUGCGUAGAUCGUUUUCUGUUCUGUUUGAGAGUCCUGAUAAAGAUAAGGAAGAGAUGGCAGAUUUUAUAGAGGCUUAUGUUGUAAAACAGCGCGAAAGUCUGUCAGAGGCAAUGAGACUGAGAGAAGAAGUGGAGUCUCCCACUGACAAACUGACCACUGGCGAGCGCCAUCGGCGUCAGAAGAUCUUGAAGCAAGAUGCAGGCCAGCUCCAUCAGCUCUUGUAUGAUUUUGUGGAGUCCAAAGGCUUUGGUGCCUUCAUUCUGACUGUGAUCUUUAUGAACACAGGAAUGUUGGUAGCCCAAACGUGGGAAGAAAUUAUGGUUAGAGGAGGCUGGUAUUUCUCUGUGUUUGAUAAUUUAUUCCUGGGUAUAUACAUUAUGGAAGUAGUUCUCAAGAUUUAUGUCUACAGAGCAAAGUUUGUAGGAGGAUGGAAUAUAUUAGAUUUGAGCAUAGUUAUUUUGAGUCUUGUAGACUUUAUUCUUCCAUUGGUGAUGACCAGUAUUGGUGGAUUUAACGGCACUGCUAUCUUCAGAAUGCUCAGAAUAUUCCGUGCUGUGAGGGCGAUCAGGGCCUUGAGAGUGCUUCGUACCAUCAGGUUUCUUUCCAAUCUCCAAGUUAUUAUGACCACCUGUCUGCAGUCUAUUCAGUCCAUGGGGGCCAUUGUGGGACUGAUGACACUCUUCAUGUAUAUGUUUGCAGUGAUAGGGCGUGGUCUGUACAGUGGGGUGGACCCUAACAGGUUUGGUACAUUACCCUCAGCUACCUUCACACUGUUUCAGCUGCUUACUCUGGACGAUUGGUUCUAUAUAUACAGUGAUGUCAUUGAUGUUUACCCAGGUUAUUGGCACAUUCUGAUUUUUCUUCUCAUUUACAUUGUUUUGGAGUAUUUUAUCUUUCUCAACUUGUUUGUUGCUGUUCUGGUUGAUAAUUUUCAACUUACUUUGGAAGCAGCAAAUGAAGCAAAAAAGGGCAAGAAAAAGCAUCCAGAUGAUAGUGAUGAUGAAGACGACAUUUUUGCAGUAUCUGAGGUUUCUGAUGAAACUGACAGCACUCAAAACAGCCAAAUGUCCUCAAGACUGCAGAGACAAACCAUCACUGAAUAUUUUGGAGGUUCAGAAUUAAAGGAUAGAGAAAUAUCCCAAAUGAGGACAAUCUUCCAGUUGUUGGCAGCCCUGGAGUACAACCACAGCACUCUGAAGAGCCAGCAGCAGGUGGUGGACCUCAUGGUGGACACGUGUACUGAGACAAAUGAUGACAUGUGAUGGCGGUGGGAUUGGACGGAAAUUUUCACAACAAAGGAAUGCUGAUGACAUUUAUGCAAAGUAACUUGAAAAUAUUAAGUUACAUAUAAUUUACACAAACAAUUUUACUGAUGAUCAGAGGUUGUUACAUAUAGCCUCAUAAAAUCCAAUACUACGUACAUAGUACACACAUUUCCAUUAAUUUUACACAGUCACAAAUUUAAAAUAAUCACUUCAUCAUAUCUUUAAUAUAUUAUUUAAAAUAUACAAUGUAUAUACUUCAAAUAAUAUUUAUACAAAAAAGUAUGUGAAUUCAUUAACAGGUGGACAGCAAAAUUUAAGCUUAACUGCACUUGAACUGUGAUAAGCUGUGUCAAUUAAAUACAUGUAAAAUCACAUUAAAAGAUUUAUUGAGCAACCCAAUCAUUUUUUCAUACUGUCUCAAUCGUUUCUUUAUCAUAAUACUUUUGUCUUAAGGCAAAAGAAGAAAAAACAAUAUAUUUUGGCAUAUGUUACAGAAUGAAGGGUCAGAGGGUUUCUAAUUUCAUUGGGCAUUGUCUGUAUUGUAUAAACCGUGUCAAUUCCAAAUGCUAUAUAAAGAACAGACUUAUAAUCAGACUCAACAGUUUUAGAGUUGUUUGGCAUAUCAUUUGUUGAGAAAAUAGACAGGUAAACCUAAUCUCUUAAAAUAUCCGGUUGUCAAGUUCAGAUCUGGCAAGUGGCUAAAUAAUCUACUCUUUAUAUAGGAUAACUGGUAUUGGUAACACUACUGAUAUUACCACCCUAUCUUGUGAGCAUGAUAACAGGGACUGUUAUCAGGACAUGAUAACAGGACAGUAAAGGCCUGAAGACUGGUCCAUGUUUCUUGGUCCUCAGCGGCGUCUUGUUGGUGACUGUGUGCCUGGCUGCCCAGAGUCUCCCUUAGAUUUCUUCUUGGUCUAAAACAAUGGAGUACAUAGUCAGUUUAUU